AUGUCUGUAUCUACACACCAAGAAUAUUCAACAAAAAGGAUCUUGGAAAAUGAAUUUAAAAAGGGCAUCCUGAACCUGAAGCCGGACGACAAACACAGCACUGGCACGGGCUCAGGCUCCAGUGGCACCCUGGAGGACGAGGUCCUCACACUGUUCGUCAGUGGCCUCCCUGUGGACAUAAAGCCCAGAGAACUCUACCUGCUCUUUAGGCCGUUCAAGGGGUACAAAGAGUCCCUGAUCAAACUCACAUCGAGACAGCCUGUUGGUUUUGUGAUCUUUGACAGCCUGGCAGGAGCAGAAGCAGCCAAGAAUGCGUUGAAUGGUAUCAGCUUUGAUCCCGAGAAGCCGCAGACCCUGAGACUAGAGUUUGCCAAAGCCAAUACCAAGAUGGCCAAGAACAAGCUAAUGGCUACACCGAAUCCCACCAGCGCUCACCCCACCCUAGGAGCACACUUUAUCACACGGGACCCCUAUGACCUGAUGGGGACUGCUCUGAUCCCCACGUCCCCAGAGGCCUGGGCCCCCUAUCCUCUGUACACCACAGUGCUGACCCCGACUAUCUCACAUGCUGCGUUCAGCUACCCAGCUGCCACUGCUUCUGCCGCUGCCCUGCACGCUCAGGUGCGCUGGUACCCUUCCUCCGACUCCACCCAGCAAGGAUAGAAGUACCUUCAGUUCUGUUAGUUUCUCAGUCUUGUUACCACAGCUUGACGCUCCCGCCCCCCGCUGGGGAGGAAGCUGCCCGCUGGCCCGCAGCUUCCACUGUCCCCAGCGGCUGGGGGAGAGCUGUUGCUUUCCUCCAAAGACUGUGAAUUUUAAGCCUGACUCAGUGGACUGCUUCCUGUUCCUCUCUGUCCUCUCCCCCAGCCCUGUCCCGCCCAGAGCCCUCCUCCAAGGCCUCCGAGGAGGGUUCUGGAACACCUGGACCAGGUGCUGAGGCCUCCCUGGGGCCACGCGAGGCCCGACCUCCCGUCCAAAAACUUGCUUUUUGUAGCUUCACCUCGGAGAAACAAGGCGUUUGAUUUUGCAUGCUUUCUGGCAUUAAUUAAGACACUUACACUUGUGUAUAUUUGAGUGUACUGUUUGUUCUCACACUGUGUCACCAUAGCAACAGGUCCUGGCCUUUAAUGGUUCAUCAUUCCUGGUCCCUCUCUCCACACACCUGGUCCCUCUCCCCUGCACCCACCCUGCUCCUGUGAGGCCUGCCAGUUCGACCAAUUCCACCGCCCCACACAUGUCCCAGCUGAACAGUGAUGGCCGCCCUGCAGAGGGUUUCCUUUUUCGUUUCCCAUCCGGGUCCCCCACUCCCUCCUCCGAGGGGCCGGCCACUGUUCAGAGAAUCCCCUCUGCCCUUCCUGCUCACCUCUCCACAGCACACCCCACCCCCACCAUUGCUCCUCAUUCCUUUCAAACUACAAUACCAACCAAAAAGUGAAAGUAUUUUUGUACCCUGUGUAAGAAAAUAUUUAUGCAUCAUAAAGGAUUUUUCAUGUGAAA